ACAGAGAAUUCUCCAUGUUCAGCUGUUUUUGGCUUGCCCCCGAAGGAUAUACAUCCGCCAGUUGUUGAGAGCAGGUUCUGGUUGAUAGCAGACUUUAAGGACAUUUUCAUCAACACAGAGACGUCUUCCUAAGGUCAUAAGAUGGAUCGCUCUCGUAAGCAAAAGUCAGGAAAACCACCUAAGAUGGCUCGCUCUCGUAAGCAAAAGUCGGAAAAAUCACCCACAAGAAAAGGCAUGAAUGAAAGGGAAAGACAGGCCAACGUCAGCAUUUCGACGGAGUCAGAAGACAAUCUGUGGGCUCAACUAAAGAAACCAAGCUCUUUAAAUGAGCUUGACUGGAGCGGUAGUCAGCUGAAGUCGCUUCCCAGGAAUCUGACUCCCCUGGCCGCAAUCGAAACACUCAACCUGUCUAAUAAUGAGCUGGCCAAACUGCCUCCAAGCAUGUCAGGGUUGGAACAACUCAAAGUCCUAAUCCUCAGCGAUAACGCCUUUGAAGGAAUCCCCGAACCGGUCAGGUCUCUGAACUCUCUACAAUGCCUGAUAAUUAAGCGGAACAGGAUGAACAACAGCCAGGGCGACCUAAAGAUGAACGUUCCAAGGACCUUAAAAACACUGGAUAUGGAGUCCAACUGUUCCUUAAAGGCUGUUCCAGAAGGGCUUGAACAUCUUGAGAACUUGGAGGAACUGAACAUCAGCUACUGUGGAAUCGAGGCAGUGUCUGACGCUGUAGGGAAGUUGACUUCCAUAAGACGGAUUCAUCUUGCUGGAAACAAGCUGCGCGCCCUUCCUGAAGAGAUCGGGAACCUUCUCUACCUGGAAACUCUCGAUCUGGAGGGAAACCGUCGUCUGUCCGAUCUGCCGGUCUCACUGUAUCGACUGAGGGAGAAUCUCAGAGAUAAGCAGACAGGUACAAACAAAGGUCUCAUCCUGGACAACUGUCAGGCUCUAGCGCUUCCGGAGUCGGAAAUUGCUCAGGGCAACGUGGUCUCCGUACUUGCUGAACUCGUGUCAAGAGAUGUCAUCAAACUAGCUGAAGUCAACAUUGUUACAGACGUUGUUGAGGAUACAAUCAUCGAAGGUCUGAUGGAAAACACGAUCACAUCUGCUGAAGAGAGUGCUUGGGACGAUCUUAUGUUAGACGUCACUGACGUUGUACUCUCUGACAAAGAAUGCUCCGAGGACAUCUUCCAUAGCAUUUUGGAAAGAGUCCUGUCAGGUCUUGCAAAGGAAAUCAGCAAAGAAGCAAUCGAUGAAGAGGAGGCUAUGGCACUCAUCACAGACGAGUUGGUGGAGGAAAUGACAAGAACUAUGUUAGAAGAAGAAGCAACAAGCUCUGCAGAGGCAGAUAGCAUGGCAUGGGAAGUGAUGAGAGACAUGUUAGAGGAGGCAAAGGCAAUGUUGACAAUAGAAGUGGCUUCAGACGCAGUGCUGGCGGAUAAUGUGGCGUGGAAAUUGGUGGAAGAAAUGUUGGAGGAAGUGAAGGCAAUGCUGACAACUGAAGUGGCCACAGAGGCUUUGCAGGCAGAAAGUACGGCAUUGGAAGUGAUGAGAGACAUGUUAGAGGAAGCGAGUGCAAUGUUGACGAUAGAAGUGGCUUCAGACGCAGUGCUGAUGGAUGAUGUGGCGUGGAAAGUGAUGGAAGAAAUGUUGGAGGAGGUGAUGACAAGGCUAACAAUAGAAGUGGUCACAGAAUAUUUCGCUUCAAAGGAGAGUGAAGAACGGCGUCUUGUAGUGGGAGUGAUGGAAGAUCUCUUGGACGACAUUUCCAAGGAAUUUGCAAUUUGUGUGGAUGCAGAACUCCGCCUGGGCCAAACAGUUCCAGACGAAUACGACACACAGAUUAGCUUUCCAAUUUCAUCAGACGCAGAUGGCAUGCAGUACCUGGACCUCCCGGCAGGCUGCAGGCUGAGUGUCCCUCCAGGAGCUACUGAUGAAGAUAUCUCCGUCAUCUCAGCAGUGCUGAACCCACACGGGUACGAUCAGACAGUCGGGCUUGAGGACGACGAGCUACUAGUCAGCGACAUCAUAGAGAUGAGACCGGCGGGGAUGAAAUUCUCCAAACCCGUGAAGCUGAAGAUCCCGCACUCUUUACCAAAGUUCUUCUGUGAAAAGGAGUUCAUCGUCAAGACAACUGAAGAUCUAGGACGUUCUUGGAUGAAUCUGGACACUGUAAGCCAACAAGAGGAAGGACAGUGGUUCGUAACAGUAGAGGUCUCACAUUUUUCUGAGUUUGCUGCCGUGGCAAGACCUCUGGAGCACUGCCAAACAGUAGAGGAAGGGCAAGCGUCAACGCUGAGGUCCUCAGAACAGACAAACGUCGAGAUGUGCCUCCCCAAGGACAGUGUCCCGCAGAAUUGUGAGAUAAAUUUUAAGGUCCUCCCUGUGGAUGCGGACACCCUGACGUGCGCUGCUACGGGAGAGGAUGGGAUCAGCGGUGUCGCCAGUAUGAGUCACAUCGUUAAGUUCAGCAAGAACCUGAUCCUCAGCAGCCCUGCCACCAUAAUACUGCCGCUGUCGCCUGGUGAUCAGAACACACGACUUCGCGUCCUGAGCUGCGAUGAGAGAGGACACUGGGAAGACAUCACCAGCUCCGUGGACGACAUCGUCCUACAGGGGUCAAAGAUGGUUAUCAGAAGCCAACUCAAACAUGGUUUCACCGUUCUCCGUUGUGGCGAAAUCGAAGAUGCUACGAGGAUUGUCAACAUGGUAAUCAAGAACAUCAGGGCAAGGCAAGUCAGAAUCAUCAUCUUCAAGAAGUGGAAGGAACCGCCGGAGGAUGGAGUGAUGACCGCCCGGAUAGAGUGUGUACUCAACGAGAUGGUGGAAGACCGCAAGGUCUGUGCUGAAAAUGAAGGAUUCGAGUGUCAGCCGGGUACACCCACCCCUCCCAUCGUUAUGACGGAAGGAGAGGAAUUCUGCGUCAUAUUUGAAGGCAGCAUCCGCCCUGUUGAGAACGACCACGGAGUGGACUACAUCUUCUACUGCGAGAGGCCGCGUGUGCUGGAGUUCGACGUGAAGCUGGUGGACAAGGGUGAAGGCGCAACUACCAAAGUGGAGCUGUAUCCGGGCCGGCUGGAGAGACUCUACCCAGGGGCAAGAAGAAGGAAAGAACGUGGUCCAACGAUUGAAAAUACUAAUCAUGGGCAACCAUCCACACUACCGCCACCAACUUCAACAGAGACAGAGACACCUCCACCUCCGCGGCCUAAACCACUGAUGACCACUGAAAUAACACCGCCUACAGCAGAACCCAGGGAACAGGUAGAAGUAGACGAGCCAGGUGAACCUGAUACAGAUGUAACACCUGCAGCUGAUCCAGGUGCCGACAGUGAUCUGCCCGUUAAUGGUGUCCCCUUAGAUGAGUCGGGCUUCAGCCGGGCCCUGUCGGAGCUCUGUCACGCUGCAGAGCAAGCUAAGUACGCUAGCCGGGGGGACGACAGACGACGGUGGCUGGAAAGUUACAGACAGGCAGCGGCUCUGGUGGAGGAAGAUCUCACGUCUGACGACAUGUAAUGCUGCCGCUUUGUGACAAACCAUAGCGUUAGCACUGGACUUCCAGUGCUGAUAAAGGAGGCGAUCUGAAUUCCAGUGCUGACACAGUUUUGAUUACUGCAUCAGCACUGGAAGUAGACAUGGCACACCAAAUUUUUGGCGACGCCUCAGGGGCGGAGCCGUUAGUAUAGUACUGCGAUCGAGUUGAAAAUAUUCUAAAAAUUCCGUCAAUGCAUU